AUGCGUUCUUCGCCAAUAUACUCCCUCCGCAUACGCACUUUCGUGUCUCGACAUGAUGCGACUCCCUUUGCAUCGGUGCAGAAGCCUAUCAAGGCUGCCUAUUACCGAGGAGGGACAUCGCGGGCAGUCAUGAUCCAACCUCAGCAUCUCCCCAAAGAGCGCGCAAAAUGGCCGACCAUCUUCCGCCAGAUCAUGGGAAGUGGUGAUUCCUAUGGACGACAACUCGACGGUAUGGGUGCGGGCAUAUCGAGUUUGAGCAAGAUAUGUCUAGUCGAGCCCUAUGGAAAAAGGAUUGCUCCUGGUGUCACUGCAACUCGCUUUCGUACAGGGUACGGUGGCAUAGAUGUAGCUCGAGAAACCGCUCGGGAGAUACAGGCUCAAGAGGAAGCACGAAAAAAUGCUGAUGACCAAGAAGUAGACGUUGACUAUACUUUCGUUGGUCUAGGCAUUGAGAACAAUGAAGUCGACGUUGCAGGCAAUUGUGGGAACAUGAGUAGCGCCAUCGGUCCCUAUGCAUACAAUGCAGGCCUCCUUCCGCCUCGAAUCUAUGCGCAGGGUGACGGAGAGGUUACAGUCAGAAUCCGGAAUACCAAUACCGGCAAGUUGAUAAACUCUACCUUUACGGUUCUCGGGGCCCAGGCUACCGUUGUGGGAGAUUAUAGCAUUGAUGGGGUGACUGGAAACGGUUCAAAGAUCAAACUUGACUUCAAACACCCAUAUGGCAGUAAGACCGGUAAAGUGCUUCCUACGGGCAAACGGAUAGACAACAUCGCAGGCUAUAAAGUAUCCUGCGUAGAUGGAGCAAAUCCGGCAGUCUUCAUCCGCGCAGACGAUGUUGGCGUAGAUGGUACGAUCCUUCCCAACGACUUCAACAGGCUUCCGGACAAGCUCGCAUUACUCGAAAACAUACGAAAGGCCGCAGCAGUGGCAAUGGGAAUUGCAGCAACACAAGAAGAGGUACCCCGUACUAUUCCCAAGAUCGGCCUUGUGUCGCAGUCAUCCACUCACCCUGUACUAUCCGGAAAAACACUUCUGUCAUCGCAAAUGGACAUUGUCAUCCGUUUUCUCUCAGACACGCAACCCCAUCGGGCUAUUCCAUUGACUGCAGCAUUGACAACAGCAGUCGCUGCUCGUAUACCUGGGACCAUUGUUGAGCAGAUGCUAGCCCCUGACCCUUUGAUGAAGGGUGCGAUCACCAUUGGCCAUGGCAGUGGGCGAUUGCAAGUCAAUGCCACCAUGGACGAAACGGACAAGCUCAUUCCAGUUACUGGUACUGUGUAUCGGACAGCUAAGAGACUGUUUGAGGGGGAAAUCUUCUGGACCGACAACGUUGAUGAGACAUCUGAAGUUGGCACUGUUUACAACAGCAACGGUCGGCACUCUCUCGGUCUAGCGUUUGUACUUGAAAAUAGAGGACAAAGCUCGUCUCAUCUAUUUGAGGAAGAUGAGUAUCAAAAACAAGAAGAAAAAGAAGCAAGGGAGCAAAAUCAAGUGCCAGAGAUCGAACAAACCACCAACCAAGCCGAAGAUGGCGAAAAAGAAACAAAAGUACCAAGACUCAGUUACCGACCGCUUGCUGAUUCUGAUCGAAAGGAUCUCUUUGCGUCUUUCCCGUACCAUCCUGACACACCGCUCACAUCCGCUCUCCAGAAACUCUAUGUGCAAACUACACGCUUACUUUCUGACCCGGAUCUCACAACCCGUUAUUACCAGCCAGAGCUUCCAGGCGUUAUCAGACAUGUGCAGCUUAAACUAUUAUUCGCUGGUGGUACGCAGCAAGCGACAAGAGAGAAGGCCAGCCAGAAGAUAAAGGAAAGGACGGAGAAGAAGGCGAAGAAGAAGGCGGACAGAAAAGCAGCAAAGAGAAAGCUGCACGAAGAGAGAGAAGAGAAGAGGAAGAGAAAGGAGGCUUUGUUAUUUGAGAAGGCUCUUGAGAAUAAGAAUAAGAAUGGGGGAAAUCAGGAGACGAAAUCAGAGUAUUGGUCGCAGUUCUUGCCUAAAGAAAAGAGUAAAUUGUAA